ACUAGCGGUGUCACAGCAGAUACAAAACAGCAUGGAAGGUGACAGUUACUAAAGUCAUAGUUGGGGCAAUGAAACAGAAAAUAAUGUCACAGACAGUGCCUCCAGGAUCUGAAGACGUUAGCGAUACGAAAGUGUUCAACUUUCAAGAGUUUUAUAUUCAAAACGUGGACACACUACUUUGAACAUUGACGUGACAGAUCGCUAUUUAGCUAGCUUGCUAACCCUGCUAGCUAAGUUAUUUUGGUGUUCAGAAUCAGUUCGAUAGCCAUCGCUAAACUCAAGAACGGCGUAGGGUGGAGACAGGCUGCCAACUGAAUAUUUAAAGAAAACGUCUGUACAUUUAUUUAAAAAAUAAGGAAACCCGGAAGGAUCCACAGGGGUGCUAGGAUAUCGACAAGUCCCUUGGGCCUUGCCGUUCCUAAUUUCAGGUAGUUGGCGUUGCCGCCUCCCGGUGGCCGGUGUGUAUGAGUGUGGGCAGCGGCUGGUGAGCGUCGUAGUCCACGGGGAUGGGGAAUGGAGUCCAGCAACACCAGGCAACACCACUCACACAAGGAGAGGUGCUGCCACUGCCCUCCGACAGCCAGGCAGAGGGUCUAAAGCCCCAGACACGGUCCGUGGUUAACUCCCUCCUCUCAGGGGCCUUAGCUGGAGCCUUGGCCAAAACCGCUGUGGCCCCGCUGGAUAGAACCAAGAUAAUCUUCCAAGUGUCCUCAGCAAGAUUCUCUGCCAAGGAGGCGUAUAGGUUGAUCUAUCGGACCUACCUGAAGGAUGGCUUCCUCAGCCUGUGGAGGGGCAACUCUGCCACUAUGGUACGGGUCAUCCCCUACGCUGCCAUCCAGUUCUGUGCACACGAGCAGUACAAGAGACUACUGGGAGGAUACUUCGGCUUCCAGGGCAAAGCCCUGCCGCCAGUGCCAAGGUUACUGGCGGGUUCUAUGGCCGGUACCACAGCUGCCAUGCUCACCUACCCUCUGGACAUGGUGCGAGCCAGGAUGGCUGUCACGCCCAAGGAGAUGUACAGUAACAUAAUCCAUGUGUUUGUGCGUAUCUCUCGUGAGGAGGGUUUGAAGACGCUGUAUCGUGGUUUCACCCCUACCAUACUGGGUGUGGUGCCCUACGCUGGACUCAGCUUCUUCACCUACGAGACUCUCAAGAAAAUGCAUGCAGAGCGGAGCGGUCGCCCCCAGCCCUACUCGUACGAGAGGUUGGUGUUCGGGGCAUGCGCAGGUCUCCUGGGCCAAUCGGCCUCCUACCCGCUGGAUGUGGUGCGGCGGCGCAUGCAGACGGCGGGCGUGACGGGGCACACCUACGGCACUAUCCUGGGUACCAUGCGGGACAUCGUGGCGGAGGAGGGCGUGGUGCGUGGCCUCUACAAGGGCCUCAGUAUGAACUGGGUCAAAGGGCCCAUCGCUGUGGGCAUCAGCUUCACCACCUUUGACAUGACACAGAUCCUUCUAAAGAAGUUGUCCCAGCUGAGGUAUAAUAACAGGUAACCAGUAGGGAGAGACUGGUGGAGGGAUGGAGAAGGCAACGGCGAGGGGAAUGAGGACGAUCGAUAGUAGCAGGACAGUCACUCUCUGAGAACCUCAGCACAAACGACGUGAAGGCCAGGAUAAGAAAAAAAACAUUGUCGCUUUCUAGGGUCAAGGCAUAACGGAUUGGGGAAUGUGUGAUUGAGUGAUCCAGGUCAGCACAGUGCGCACACACACACACACACACACACACACACACACACACACACACACACACACACACACACACACACACACACACACACACACUGUGUGAAAUGAAUGUCUUCAACUUUGUGUAUGUACAUGGAGGCAUGAAGUCUCAUAAGAGGUACAUUAGGUGGAUCAUAAUAUACAUACUAUCGUCCUGUACGUCGUGUUCAGGUGCAAUAUGUUAAGUUAUUUCAUCUGUGUAAUAUUCACACAAAAUACACAAUGAUCUGCAUAUGUAAAGGUCCAGGCUACCUGUGUGUGUGUGUGUGUUUGUGUGUGUGUGUGUGUGUGACAGACAACGCACACCUUCCGGGUGUCUCCCUUGCCUUGCGUCCCUACUUGAAGAGGGGACCUUCCAACAGUCUGGAUCAGAUGAGUUGUUCCUAUCUAUCUCCUUCCACAUGAGUUGGAUUUGACUUUUAUCAAAGGACAAUGUACCCCCAUGAGAUUUCGUUUUGUUUGGUUGAUGAUUUUUGUUUAAUGAGUUAUACCAAAGUAUAAACAAGAGGGGCGUUGUAAUUAAUAAUAUGAUUUAUGACUAGAGAAGAUUGAUAUUAAUAUCAUUUUUUGGGGGGACUGAAGUUCUCACAAGAAAUAUACACGGUGUACAAAACAUGUCCAUAACAUAAACUGACCAGGUGAAUCCAGGUGAAAGCUAUGAUCCCUUACUGAUGUCACCUGUUAAAUCCACUUCAAUCAGUGUAGAUGAAGGGGAGGAGAC